AUAAACAUAAAGUAUUCAUACAUCCUCUGCAAUUUGUGGUGUGCUUGUUCUUCCUAUCUUCCACCAUCCAAUUCAAGAUGAAGAAAAACUUUUCCAUAUUGUUUGUGAUUUUUCUUACUUUCUAUGUUCUCUAUGUCUCUGCUAUCCCUGCAACAAGAACCAAAAAUUUGGAAGGUGAUGAUUCAUCUGUUUUUCCUUCUUUAACUAAGGAACAAGGUUCAUUAAAGUUGGAAAAUGGUGAAGAAAUUAUGGAAAAUAUGGAUGAAAGAUUAGAGAGGAGGAUUGAUUUGGAUAUCCAAGAUUAUGGUGGGACUGGUGCAAAUAAAGAUCAUGACCCAAAAUCACCUGGAAAUGAUGGUAAUUGAUGUGAAAAAUAUAUUUAGAUUAAAUUAAUCACAUCCUAAACUUUAGAGAAGGAUCUAAAAUGUGUGAUAUUGUUUUCUCUUAGAAUCAAAUAUAUAGAUUAUGUGUGGUUUUUUUGUUUUCUUGGUGUUCUAUUAUAUACAUGUAAUUUGAAUUGUAAUAUCAAUAAGGUAGCAAAAGAUAAGUUUAUAAGUAAUUUUCACAAGUGUAUAUUGGUUGUAAUUUGUAAAACCAAGUUUGAAGCUAGAACAACAAUGAAAAAAACACUUGGCAUCACUCAAAUUCUGUUUUAUAUA